GCACAUUCGCUUUACUGCGCAGGCCGCAGUUCUGAUUUUUUUAUUGCGACCUUCUUUUGUCAUGCGGAUUUCCCGCCGGUAGCGCCAUCUCUCAACUCGAUGCGAACAGAUCCGCUUCUUUAUUGGAUGAUAGCCUGACCUAACCUAACCUAAUCUGACUCGGCUAAACCCCAAAGAAGAUUAGAUAGAAGGGCCAGAGGGAACGCUCAAAGAGGAUUAAACCCGAAACUGAUACUACUACCCAUGAAAUUUGCAGCUCUGUACCUAACUCUUUUCGAUUCGUCGUAAUUGCGGGUUAAAGUAUCAUCGAGCAGAUAUCACAAUUUGGAUCAUGGCUCUGAGCGCUACGAAGGCGAUCCUUCGCCACGGGAAAACGGCUUUAUUUGUUUGCGAUAUGCAGGUGAAAUUCGCCAAGGCUAUAUUCGAGUUCGAUAAGAUCGUCGCUAACUCUGCGAAGCUGGUGAACGGCAUGCGCUUGUUGGAUGUACCGAUCAUUGUUACCGAGCAGAAUCCUAAGGCUUUAGGAAACACUGUUUCGGAACUGGAUAUAACAGGUGCAAAAGGACCGUUCGCAAAGACCAAGUUCAGCAUGUACACUGAAGAAGUGCGCAAAGAACUUUCUACGCUCUGCUCAGGUAGUCCUCCAGAGUCGGUAGUUCUCAUUGGGAUCGAGGCCCAUGUUUGCGUCGAGCAAACUGCACUGGAUCUUACCGCCAAUGGGUUCCAGGUCCACGCAGUGGCCGAUUGCUGCUCGUCUCGCACGCAAGAGGACAGAUUGCUUGCGAUCGAGAGAAUGAGGCAAGUCGGGUGUCAGAUAGCAACUUCCGAAAGCGUACUCUUCAAACUAUUGGGCGACUCCAAGCAUGAAAAGUUUAAGGAACUGCAACGUCUCGUAAAAGAGCCUUCGGUUUACACGGGUUUAGUUCCAUCGGCUAAAAUUUAGUAUCACAAAUAUUAACACUAGAAUUUGUGAGUAUCAUAUUUUUAUUUCGAACUCUACUCGUAGUUAAAUGAAUUGGGGAUAUUAGUUUUUCUAUCUAUAUUGUUAAACAGCGCUUAUUAUCAUGUAUAACUAAGUAAGAUAUCGGGAGUUAAUUAAUUUUAGGCUAAUGAAAAGUGGAUAUUACCAAUGCAUCAUGGUUUGCAAAACCGAGCAUUAGACACAAUAUACUACAUAUUGAAUCAAUGUCUAUGCAAUUAUUGAUUCAGUUACGUUAUGCAAAGACUUAUAGGAUAGAAUAAUAUUGUUAUUUUAUACUCGUAUAUUAUGCGAUAAUUUUACUUCGCUAUGAAACAAUGAAGUGUU